GUUUCAAAAAACUUAUGAUGAUGAUGAUGAUGAUGAUGAUGAUGAUGAUGAUGAUGAUGAUGAUGAUGAUGAUGAUCAUGAUGAUGAUCAUGAUGAUCAUGAUGAUCAUGAUGAUGAUGAUGAUGAUGAUGAUCAUGAUGAUCAUGAUGAUCAUGAUGAUGAUCCUCUCCAGCCCCUCUAUUGCUAAGCAAGAUCCUAAACUUCUAAAUAGUUUCUUAAUAAGUAAGAGACGUUGGUUAUUAAUAAAAAAAAGAUAUAUUGAGAUCUCUGUUAAGAGCAUUCCUAAAAAAAUUAAAGUCGCCUCUUUUAUUAUCAAAUUUUAUGCAUUUUCGUAAAUAUAAGCUUACCUUAAAGAGUAAAAACAACAACUACGUGUUCAGCAUGUGUUCAGGUGAAGUUUUUAUUUCUUUUACUUUUCUUUAUUCGAUAAGAUACAGCCCCAUUGCUUACACAUCUUAACAAGAUGUUCUGUCAAUCAAUCGUAUGUCAUACUUUCCACCAAAAUAACUUUCCAUCAAAGUAUAGAAUAUUGAAUAAUUGAAUUAUUUAUAUGCAAGAACACAUAAAAAAUGCAUAACUUUGUUUUUUUUAAUCAAAGAAUUAUUCUACUAAUAAAUUCUUAACAAACUUUAAUCAAAUUAAUCCAUUAAAACUGUAUAUUUACUCUAUUGUCUGCAGCAGCCAAGGGCGGUGUUAAAGGGUAAAAAGUAAGUGCUGAGAUUAAGGGUUAAGCUCUUCAAUGCAAUCAAAGAAUCUGCAAUGAAAUAUGUUGAUGUUGUUUGGUCGAAUUAAAGAACAUAAGCUUUGAUCCUUAAUUAGAAUCUCAAUUAAUAUUGUUUCACCAUUUUCAAUGACUUCAAAAAGGCCAUAAACAUCUGAAUUUCUUUCAUGUCAUUCCGGUAGAUUUCGAGGUGAUAUUUAAUAAUAAACUGAUUAAAAAGCAAAAAUUUUGAUAAGAGGUGAUUUUCUGGGUGCGAAAUUUACAUGCUUCUUGCGUCGUGCUCUUUUUGUAAUUUUUAGUGCAAUUAGAAUAUAUUUUUUCUUUGCUUAGGUUUCCCCUAAUAGCCAGCUCCCAUUAGAAAUCCAGUACCAGUCAUUAAGCUGGGAGUGCAAGCAUUCUGGAGCAAUUAAAUCUCGAGGAAAAGGUAGAGGAAAAGCGUCAGGUAGUCAUAAUAAAAAUAUUUUUCUUAAACUCAUCUUUGUCUUAUCAUAGUCUAACUCAUAUUUAAAUUUAAUCACAUGUGGUAUUUAAUGACAUAAUAUGUAAUAAAAUAACUUUAGGCCUUGUAAUGAACAUCAGUAAAACUGUUGUUCAGUAUAAUCCUAAAUCAUUUACCUUCUCUGUAGAUGUAUAUGUAGGUAAUUUACCAGCAUUUAAAUUAAAUGCAUUCAAAUAUAGCAUUUAAAUAAUAAUAAUAGAAUUUAAAUAGCUAUCGGUUAGCUUUUAUAUAACAAUUUUACAUAACUUAGUGUAUGAAUCCGACCUGCUUUUUUUUUAGACUCACACUUUUGCUAAUGGAUGUUCUAUGCAAAUAACCAUAGUAUUCAAUGGUGUUAUGGGUAACUUUGUUGUGUCAACAUGUAAACUAAACCAUAAUCAUGAUGUUUCCCCAGACUUGAUUAGGAUAUAUCCAGAACAUCGGCGCCCAUCAGGAAAGCUGGCUGAAGAUGUUGAUAACAUGUUGUCAGUAAAUGGAAAUCCAAGUCUUGUUUCACAAGUGUUACACAAGGAAGGUUUAGCUGUGCGUGUUAAAGAUAUGCACAAUCGAAAGCAAGUCCUUAUAAAAUCAGGUUCAACGUUAACUGCAAGACUGCGUUCUACACUUGCAUAACCAAAUGUUCACUUUCGCCUUUUAGAAACAGAAGAUCAUCAAUUUCAAGGUUUGUUUUUCUAAACAGAUAUACAAAGAACAUUGUUCUACAAGUAUGGAGAAAUGAUUCAGAUGGAUGCAACUUAUAAGACAAAUAAUUAUCGUUACCCUCUGUUUACUUUGUUGGUGGAAGACUGUAAUGGCGUUGGGCAGCCGAUUGCAUUUGCCAUAAUGACCAGUGAAGAUCAAAAUCACAUAGAAAAGUUUCUUGAAUAUUUUGCAGAAUGCAAUGACAUAUCAAAAACAUAAUGUGUUGUUGUAGAUAAAGAUGUUGCAGAAAUUAAUGCCAUAAAUAAAUGUUGGAACAAUGUUAAAGUUCUUAUAUGCUAUUUCCAUGUUCUACGUGCCAUAGAUAGGCAUUUAAAUCUAUUACGCCUUGAUCAGACACAAAAUGAGUUGUGCUGUCAAUAUACACAAAAGAUGCUGAAUGCCAAUACUGAAUUGGAGUUUAAUUCAGCUGUUGAAAAUUUAAAAGAAGUACCAUGUUUUUACCAAUAUAUUGCGGAAAAUUGGAUUCCAUAUAAAGAGUCUAUAACAGCUUUUGGUCGCAAAUGUGUACGUCACCUUAGCAAUCGUACAAAUAAUCUAAUUGAGAGCUUCCAUGGUACUUUAAAGAAAUUAAUUCCUUCUUCGAGAGUUGAUAUGGAUGUAUUAGUCAACAAUUUACUGGGUAUGUCAUCUCUCAGAUCCAUGGAAUCUGUUCAUCGAGAUUUUGAAAAUACAUUUAAAAAUGUAACAGGCAACAAAUCUUCUCCUUUGGUAAAAAAAUAUUUUAAAAUAUGUACCCGGUACUCUUCUAAUUUAUUGCAAAAUGAGGUAGAGAUGGCUUGUUGUAAUGGGUAUACUAUUAACAAAAAUCAUAGCACAUCAGAGUUUGUGGUAACCAGCCCUUCUACACUUAAUGCAUAUUUAAUAGAUCUUAAUUUUAACUGUUCGUGCAAUUUUCAAAAAGAAAUGGGACUACCUUGUCGUCAUUUGUUUGCAGUAUGGAUUGCUUGUGAAAUAGACUUGUUUAGACCGGAAACAAUUGCUUCAAGAGAUGUAAAAUGUUAUUCUCAAGGAGCUUGCAGAAAUAAAAGUUCUUUUAAAAGAAGUUAUAGAAAUUAAGUUUCAGGCUACUGGGGUGAAGUUGCUAGAAUCAGUGGACGAAGUGGUUACACUGGAUAAUAAACUAAAAGAUAAAACCGAAAAUAUGAUUAAAAGGGACCAAAAGCAAUUCAUUUUGACCGUUAUUUGUUAUGGAUUUACUUUUAACAUGACAAUUUGAUAAACUCAGGAGCCUCACUGUAGGUGUUUAAGUUAGUUUGUGUGCUAAAGUAAGUGUAAUGCUAAACCUUGUUUAGCAUUUUAUUUUCAAAUUUAAUGCUCAUACCUUUCAUAAUUUUAAGCAUUCAUAUAUUAAAAU